CGCGGUCAGAUGUCUACAUUGUGACUUGAAUUACCGAAACAGUAAAUAUCGUCCUAUGUUUAUUUAGUAAAGCUAGGAAGGAACGUGCCUACACUUACAUGACAUAAUCUUCGUAAUAUCAUACUGAACCAUUUUCUUGUAAAUCUGCGACGAUUAUAUGUUUAGUGAACAUUUCCUAGUAGCUAUACGAGCACAGUGCUUGCCACAACAACAAGCGAUAACUUGUGUUUUUAACGAUAUCUAGGCUUCUGCUAGUCAAAUUUAGCUAGCUGGCUAUUGCUUAGGAACGAAAGUAACUGAACUCGUGAAUCGAAUAAUUUACCCAUUUGCCAGGGAUUAAAUUCGUAUCGAUGGACAAGAUUGCAAAGGAUGUCGGUGAUAUUCAGUCCAGGCUGAUCGAUCACAGGCCAGUUAUACAGGGGGAGAUUCGCUUCUUUGUGAGAGAAUUCGAGGAGAAACGUGGAUUCAGAGAGAACCGUUUGUUGGAGAACCUGAACAAAAUGGUGAUGGAAACCAACGAGCAAGUAGUCCCUAAGUGUUCUGAGACCAUGCAUGAGCACCUAUGUGAGGCACUGACGCGAUUGGAAGCUGCAAAUCACAUGGCACAGAGGAUCCAGCAGAGGGAGCUAGAGGCACAGCAGAGCACCCGGCUGCAGACCUGCGCGGACCGGCGCAAGGCCGACUGGGAGGAGUUCAUGAAGGAGCAGGCCCGCCUUAAAGUGCAGGUGGACGAGGAGCACGCCAAGGCCGUGGGCCGCCUCAGCACCCAGUACAGCGAGAUGAAGAAGGACCUGGCCAAGUUCUCCACCUUCUGAGCCCUCCACGUCUGAACACGCUACGUCCGUCUGAGCGAGAGGGGGGUGUCGGGGCUUUCAGCGACUGUGUUCAGAAUUCAGGGCCUGUAGCCUAGCGGUUAAGGUACAAGACUGGGACCUGGAAGGUUGGUGGUUCAACCCACGGUGUAGCCACGAUAAGAUCCGCACAGCUGUUGGGUCCUUGAGUAAAGCCCUUAACCCCGCAUUGCUCCAGGGGUGAUUGUCCCCUGCUUAGUCUAAUCAAAUAAGUCACUUUGGAUAAAAGCUAAAUAACAAAUGAUGUGUAUGGAAUGUGUGCAGAGUUUGUGUCAUGGAAGUAUGUGGCUAGUUGGAUGAAUGAGCUUGUGUCUUGUUUUGACGGAAAUGCUUUUAGUGGAGCGUCGCGGAAGCCUUUAAUUGACUCCAAGCCUGGCCGAUCGCUCUAACAGAACGUCGACGGCCCCAUGUGAGCGUGAAUACCGCAGAGAGUUUGUUGUUUGUCUGGCUCUGAAUUGGAGCCGUCUAAUAAAGAACUAUUCAUUUCCGCUUUCCAUUGAAAAGAAACUGCUGUCUUCGUGCUAGAACGAUACAUAAUACCAGAGGUUUAGAAAAUGUCAAUGUUUAUAAAAAUAGAAGAAAGGAAACCAGGUUGCUUUUGGUUAAAGUUUUAACUUGCAGUCAUUUCUAGCUACUUUUUAUAAAACCGAUCUUGAAUAUAUUUGACUUCAGCGUUGACUGAGGUUAACUGGGAAUCUGGCGAGGAGAUGUGAUGUUGUAAGUCGGGAGUACUGCUAUAGAUCCACGUCAGGCAGAACACGCCGGCCUUCAGAAAGUAUUCAGAGCUUGAUUGUUUAACGGCACCGCAAAGAACGUCAGCAAAUACACACUUCUUGACCUCCACAGACCUCCAGCAUUCAGCACAAGCCGUCCAAACCGCUAAAAGCCGUUAUAAAUCAGGAGCUGCCUGUGGUUUGGGCAUGUACCUGGUAAGACGGGUAAAUAAAUGAGAUUGCCCUACCUGCGAAGGCUGUGGAUAGAUGGCAAACAAUGGCAGCCUGUUUUGAUGGAUGGCCGGGUAUCAUGUCACAUUCCUGGCACGUGAAAAACGUGAUUGACUUCAGCUGAGGUGACAACAUAAAUAUUUGAAAUGACUUUUAAAAACAUUGAGCCGAGGCCAGACUAUUUCUUUUGUCCUUCUUCAAGUGGGGGGGAAGCGGUCUCGUCAAUCAGCGUGAGAAAAUAAACAGACAAGCUGCUUCA